AUACAUAAUACAUACACACACAUUCAUAUCCGUAUGUAAGUGCAGUGCAGCGCAAUCGCCGGCGGAUCUCACAACCACCGAAAUGUCAAUUUGCAGCCUACUCUCGCCGUUCCCCGCCUCGCUCUAUUCCCCUCCGAAUCCCGUCCGGUCCAAUUCCGCCGCGCCCAAUCGUGUCAGGGUACAUUUCAAAAAUGGCGGGAGCUUAUUGGCCGGAGAGGAUUUGCCGUUGGACUACGAGAGCUGGCACCCAAAACGCGACCUCAGGAGCCGCCGGAGGGCUGGAAUCCUCCUCCAUCCGACGUCGUUUCCUGGACCUUAUGGCGUCGGCGAUCUCGGCCCUCAAGCCUUCCACUUCGUCGACUGGCUUCACGACGCCGGCUGUUCACUUUGGCAGGUUCUUCCUCUUGUUCCUCCUGGGAGGAGGUCUAAUGAAGACGGCUCCCCUUACUCUGGACAGGAUGCUAAUUGUGGGAACACACUUUUGAUUUCUCUUGAGGAACUUGUCAAGGAUGGUUUACUGUCGAAGGAUGAGCUUCCAAAACCAAUAGAUACGGACCGUGUUAAUUUUGAUGCUAUUGCUGAUGUCAAAGAUCCUUUGGUAGCUGAGGCUGCAAAGAGACUUGUUUCAAGUUCGGGAGAGCUAAAGAAUCAGCUUGAAGAAUUCCGCAAGGAUCCAAAGAUUGCAGGUUGGCUUGAAGAUGCAGCAUAUUUUGCUGCCAUAGACGACACCCUGAAUACAAUAAGUUGGUAUGAUUGGCCCGAAUCAUUAAAAAAUCGCCAUCUUGUUGCUCUUGAAGAAAUCUAUCAAAGCAAAAAGGAAUUUAUAGAUACCUUCAUUGCCGAGCAAUUUUUGUUCCAAAGGCAAUGGCAGAAAGUUCAUGAUUAUGCUCGGACAAAGGGAGUGAGUAUAAUGGGAGAUAUGCCUAUAUAUGUUGGUUAUCAUAGUGCAGAUGUGUGGGCUAAUAAGAAACAAUUUUUGCUGGUGAGUUCUCCCUUUCUUAAUACCUAACGUUUUCGCUAUGCUCCAAACCUUUUGGUCCAAUAAAGCCCUCUAUAUGAUUGGAAAGCCAUGGAAAGAGAUGGAUAUUCAUGGUGGAUACAGCGUUUAAGACGUGCACAGAAUUUAUUUGAUGAGUUCCGGAUUGAUCAUUUUAGAGGAUUUGCUGGCUUUUGGGCAGUUCCUUCCGAAGCAAAAGUUGCAAUGGUGGGAAAAUGGAAGGUAGGACCUGGGAAAUCUCUUUUUGAUGCCAUCUUCAGAAGUGUAGGAGAAAUCAAUAUCAUAGCAGAAGACUUGGGGGUAAUUACUGAAGAUGUAGUGCAGCUUAGGAAAUCAAUUGGGGCACCUGGAAUGGCGGUCCUCCAGUUUGGCUUUGGGAGUGAUGCUGAAAAUCCACAUUUGCCUCAUAAUCAUGAACAGAACCAAGUUGUGUACACUGGCACUCAUGACAAUGACACGAUUAAAGGAUGGUGGGACGUGUUGCCUCAAGAAGAGAAAUCUAACGUGCUAAAAUAUCUAGGUAAUGCCGUUGAAGAGGAUGUCUCAUGGGGUCUAAUCGAGGCUGCACUUUCUUCAGUUGCACAGACCACUAUUAUACCAAUGCAGGAUAUACUUGGAUUGGGUAGUUCAGCUCGGAUGAAUACUCCAGCCACUCAGUACGGAAAUUGGAGCUGGAGAAUACCCAAGUCGAGGACCUUUGACAGCUUAUCAUCUGAAGCACAACAACUAAGAGAUAUGCUUGUGAUGUAUGGUCGGUUAACUAUAGCUGAAAAUCCUGGCUGGUAAGUGAGUUUAGAUUUCAUCUUAUUAUGCAAAUAAUUUCGAUCGAUUCAGCUAAACAUUAUCAUCUAAUCGAAUAUAAUAAGCUUAUACAUUUUGUCUGCAUUUGUCCUCA